AUGAGCUCUGCGUCUGAAUAUAACGACGCCGAAUCGACCCUUGAUUCUUCCAGCGAUGUCGAGCAAGAGCUGCCCUCACGACCCUCUUCUCGUCGCCCUCGUCGCCAGUCGCGCACGCCCUUGACUCCCCAAAAGCGUCGCCGUCUAGAAUCCGUGGACCCUUCUCGGAUCCGUAAUUACUACUUUGAGGGCAAAUACAACGACGCUUACCGCCUACUUUACAACGAACAUGUGCAUCGCGCCGCCGCCCGCUUGGAACCGCUUGACACCGCACGAUACUACUCCAUGCAAAUAGGCGCGUCUACAUGGUCAGCCAGCGAGCUAUCGGUCUUCUUUGCCGCCCUGGAGCGGCUCGGCAAGGCUGAUGCGCCGGGCAUCGCAAAGGCGGUCGGCGCCAAAACCAUACCAGAGAUACAGGAACUACUCCUCUUGCUCCAUGACGCUGCAAUCAAGCAAGGUGGUACCAAGGUGACGCUCCGAGACGUUCCAGCGGCGAUUGAACUGGGGGAGGAUUGCAAUAGACGGCUCGACACACUCGCAGAGGCCUUGGCCUGGUAUCAGGAGAUGCAUGAGGCGAGCCAGGAGCAGUCCAAGUUUGGUCAAUACUGGCUCAUCACAUCCGAUAUAGCUGGGCAUAUCGAAAGCGCUUUGGAAUCAAACCGUUCAAGAGCAGCUUCCUCUGUUCCACCAAGUGGAGCCGAGACAACGCGCAGAGGAGGCAAGGUGAUACCUGGCGCAUGUAUAUCUUGUAAGCUGCACAAACAAAAGUGCGAUCGGGGUACACCAUGUAGCAAUUGUGUUCGCCGCAAGCUGGACGAGUGUGUCUAUCCGAAGCUUCGCGCACAGCCCGGCCUGCCUGAUACGGAAAAUGGCAAAGGACAACCGGAUACUAUUCAAGAUCCCGAUGCAGUCAUCUCAGCAAUUCCGGAAGCCCAACUCCUGCGCGCUGAUAUGAUGCUGACUUUAUCGCGAACUCUCUUCAUGAACCGAUCGCCGACUAUACCCUCGCCCUGGCCUCAUUGGUCUGAGAUAGCGUCAGAUUUUGCAACGGAACCUGCCAUCUACCGCAGUGCCUUCAAUGAUCUCCAUACUUUGGUCGUAUCUGUGACAAAACGGCUGAUGCAAACUGCCAUUACACAAGCUACAUCGCGUCUCCGAUCACAACGUCGUCGUACAAAGAAAGGCAUGGUUCCUCUAGUGAAACGCAGGGACGUGUUUUCUGCUCUUGAGAUUGUCGGCAUGAAGAGAAAUGGAGACGAGCGUUGGCGGGGUGUCGCAAGGAGAUGUGCCCUACGUGUCGUACGGGGUAGACCGGAGCGGGUCGGUGGCCGUAGUGCCAAAGGUGAGAUAUCUUGGGAUGAAGUAGAAAGGAUCAUGGCGCCAGAAAGUCCCAGAUUUGCAGAGCCUGGUGCUACCGACACAGAAGGCUCUGAAGGGCCAUCUACAUCAUUCAAACGCAGGGCUAUGCGAAGUGGAACCCCGCUUCCCAUGGAGCGACUUGCUCUGUACGAUUCACAAAGUGAAUCAGACGAUGAAGAUUUUGAUGCUGGCUCAGAUGUGUCGAUGCUUGAUGAUCACGCGCCAACUUUUGCACGUCAGUCCACUCAGCCCAGGGAUAUACACGGCAGAUAUGCAAGCGUAGCGCCCACAGCAGGUGAGGGGCAGCCUGAAAGGAAAUACAAGAGUCUUGAACAAUUUGAUCAGGACGUGAGUCGUCGUGAAGAGCGUGCACUUCGGUUGACGCUCAAUAUCCAAGCCCUUAGCGAAGACGAGCAAGAGAUUGGUACUGGAGCUGUAGAAGAAGACAGCAUUGGAUGCACGGAGGAGGUGGUAACUGAUGCUGACGGGUGGCGAUUGUGGACCGAGUAUCGUGCCGAAUGGGAAGAGUUUGAAGAUCCUGUGCCACGAGCACAUUUUGCGGCAAAUCGAAAUCCAGCUCCUGCAACAUCUCACAUAGCCAUGGUGUUAUCAACUCAGCCUGAGGUAGUUUCCGACGACUACAGCCAUGGGAACCGUUCCUCCUCAGACGAUGGCAUAGCACGACGUAGGCCAAAGCCAGUGCAGAGUAUUGAAUUGCGAACCCAAAAUCCCCGCGCUUAUGCAGCGCUUCAAGAACGCGCUGCGAUGAUGACGGACACUCUGGAAAGCGAGGAGGGUUUCGAUGAAAAUAACAGCAGCGACAUUGAGCUCGAAGCUGAACAUCCCUCACAUUCGAUUGAAGUUGUGGAAGAUACACGCCGAGCACGGGAUCGGGAUGAGUCGAUGGACUGGGACACUUAUAUGGACGUAUAG